AUGAAUAGCAUGUUCGAAACGCUACCCAAAGAAAUCUAUGUCUUCGUUUAUGCAGACGAUAUUGUGUUGGUUGUUAUCGGCCGUACACUGAAGUUCAUUAGGCGAAAACUCCAAGCAGCAGUGUCUUCGGUCUCCAGAUGGGCCACCCGAACCGGAUUUACAUUGUCUGCAGAGAAAAGUGUCGUCUCUCAUGUCUGCCGAUCACGUCAUCGAGUGUUGUCGUCACCGAUAAAGGCAGACGGAUGCCGGAUUCCGCACAAAAAGUCUGUUGCAGUUCUUGGAGUCCGGUUGGACCGCAAGCUAAACUUCGGAGAGCAUUUCAGCGACAUCAAAAGAAACUGCGAAACACGAUUGAACCUUCUUCGCACUCUCUCCAAACCACACAGGAGUAGCAACAGAGACGUUCUCCUCAGAAUACUUAAGGCUAUCGUCAAUAGUCGCCUGUUCUACGGAAUUGAAAUAUUUGGACUAGCUGGAAACUCUCUCAUCGAUCGUUUAGCCCCCACAUACAAUCAAGCUAUUCGGACAAUCGCCGGACUACUCCCAUCCACCCCAGCAGAUGCGGCCUGUGUAGAACUUGGAGUGCUUCCUUUCCGCUAUCAGGUCACGGAGACUCUGUGCUGCAGAACCAUUGGAUACCUCGAAAAAACGACCGGUAAUCAAGAGGUCUUUCUCCUCAGGGAGGCGAACAGAGCCCUCACCAAUCUGGCCCAUCUAGAACUCCCCCCGGUUGACCAGGUCCACUGGGUUGGAGCCAGAAGGUGGGACGCUACUGAUCUCCAUGUCGACCUGUCCAUCUUGAAACGGUUUCGCGCAGGAGACAACUCUACUGCCAUGCGCUCUCAUGUCACCAAAUUGUUAGCCGGCAAAUACCGUUAUCACCAACUCGUCUACACAGAUGGUUCGAAGGCUUCGAACAGAACCGGUUUUGGUGUCGCUGGUUACAACACCAGCUAUUUCUUCCGACUACCUGAUCAGUGUUCCGUUUUUUCGGCCGAGGCAGCCGCAAUACGCUUUGCCAUCACAACCAUAACCGGGUGCCCAACCUGCAUAAUCUCUGACUCCGCCAGCGUGCUUACCACUAUCAACUCCUCAUCUUCACGUCACCCUUGGAUUCAAGCCAUUCAGGCAAAUUGCCCUCCAGAGACAGCAUUUCUCUGGGUGCCGAGCCACUGCGGUAUACGAGGAAACAAUGAGGCAGACCGGCUCGCCGCAACUGGCCGAUCCGGCCGCACCUUCACCGACCUGACGCCAGGAGCAGACUUGAAGACCUGGUGCAAAUCCAUCAUCCGUUCAUCCUGGGCCCAGGAAUGGGCCACCAAUAGACUCCUAUUUAUCAGGAAAAUUAAAGAGGAUACUACAAAAUGGACAGAUACAACCGACCGACGCGACCAACAAGUUCUUUCUCGCUUACGAGUGGGACACAGUCAUCUUACUCAUAACAUGACAAACCAUGGUCCUUUCCGCAAACUAUGUCUAACCUGCAACACAACUAUGACUGUUGAACACAUAGUAAUCAACUGUCCCUGCUACCAAUCGGCACGUGAUCAUCGCGCUAUUCCCCACUCAAUCAGAGAUGCUCUAGCGAACGAGCCGACCAACGAAGAAGCAUUAAUAUCGUUCCUGAAGGAUACUGGACUAUACCAAAAUAUUUGA